AUGAACAUACCACAGCGUCAAUUUAGCAACGAAGAGGUCAACCGCUGCUAUUUAAGAUGGCAGCAUUUGAGAAAUGAACACGGAAUGAACGCUCCGAGUGUGCCGGAAUUUAUCUAUUUGACUAAAGUGUUGCAAUUUGCUGCCAAGCAGCGACAAGAAUUACAAAUGCAACGCCAACAGCAAGGCAUUUCAGGUUCUCAGCAAAAUAUUGUUCCAAAUUCUUCAGAUCAAGCAGAACUGCCGAAUAAUGCUUCCUCGCACAUUUCUGCUUCUGCUUCCCCGCAUUUAGCUCCGAAUAUGCAAUUGAAUGGAAAUGAGACCUUUAGCACUUCUGCUCAUCAAUCACCAAUCAUGCAAACACAGAUGCCAUUAAAUAGCAAUGGUGGUAAUAACAUGCUACCACAACGGCAAUCUUCGGUUGGUUCAUUAAAUGCAACUAAUUUUUCACCAACACCAGCAAACAAUGGAGAAAAUGCUGCGGAGAAACCAGAUAACUCAAACCAUAAUAACUUAAACCUUAAUAAUUCCGAGCUUCAACCGCAAAAUCGAUCAUUACAAGAACACAACAUACAGGAUUCAAAUGUGAUGCCAGGUUCGCAGAUAAAUUCUCCUAUGCCCCAGCAGGCGCAGAUGCAGCAGGCACAAUUCCAAGCACAACAGGCGCAACAAGCGCAACAGGCACAACAGGCACAACAAGCACAAGCGAGACUGCAACAGGGGAGAAGAUUACCCAUGACAAUGUUUACUGCCGAGCAAUCCGAACUGUUAAAGGCCCAAAUCACAUCUCUAAAAUGUCUAGUAAAUAGAAAGCCUAUUCCGUUUGAAUUUCAGGCUGUUAUCCAAAAAUCUAUUAACCAUCCUCCAGAUUUCAAAAGAAUGUUACUGUCUUUGAGUGAGUUUGCGAGAAGAAGACAACCCACAGAUCAAAAUAACCAAUCAAAUCUCAAUGGCGGCAACAAUACGCAGCAACCCGGCACCAAUUCCCACUACAAUAACACUAACACUGACAACGUUUCUGGGCUUACCAGAAAUGCACCUUUAGAUAGCAAAGACGAAAAUUUUGCAUCUGUUUCACCAGCUGGUCCAUCUAGUGUACAUAAUGCGAAGAAUGGCACCCUCGAUAAAAAUUCGCAAACUGUAAGUGGCACUCCAAUCACGCAAACAGAAUCGAAAAAAGAGGAAAACGAAACCAUUUCAAACGUAGCUAAAACAGCUCCUAAUAGUAAUAAGACCCACACCGAGCAAAAUAACCCGCCAAAACCGCAGAAACCCGUUCCUUUAAACGUCCUUCAAGAUCAAUAUAAGGAAGGAAUAAAAGUGGUAGAUAUAGAUGAUCCUGAUAUGAUGGUUGAUUCUUUUACGAUGCCCAAUAUCUCACAUAGUAAUAUCGAUUAUCAGACUUUAUUGGCCAAUUCGGAUCAUGCAAAGUUUACUAUUGAACCUGGCGUUCUACCGGUUGGUAUUGACACACAUACCGCUACUGACAUUUACCAAACUUUAAUUGCAUUGAACCUAGAUACUACGGUAAAUGACUGUUUGGAUAAGCUACUAAAUGACGAAUGUACGGAAUCAACCAGGGAAAAUGCUCUUUACGAUUACUACGCCUUACAAUUAUUACCGUUACAAAAAGCCGUAAGAGGUCAUGUAUUACAAUUUGAAUGGCAUCAAAAUUCUUUAUUAACCAAUACACAUCCAAAUUUUCUUUCGAAAAUAAGAAACAUCAACGUUCAAGAUGCAUUGCUAACAAACCAACUUUAUAAGAAUCAUGAAUUACUUAAGUUAGAAAGGAAGAAGACUGAGGCAGUGGCCAGAUUAAAGUCGAUGAAUAAAUCCGCCAUCAAUCAAUAUAAUAGAAGACAAGAUAAAAAGAAUAAAAGGUUGAAGUUUGGCCAUAGACUCAUUGCUACGCAUACUAAUUUAGAAAGGGAUGAGCAAAAGAGAGCUGAAAAAAAGGCAAAAGAACGUUUACAGGCUUUAAAGGCGAACGAUGAGGAAGCCUAUAUAAAAUUAUUAGACCAAACCAAAGAUACAAGAAUUACACAUCUUCUAAGGCAAACAAACGCAUUUUUAGAUUCUUUAACAAGAGCCGUGAAAGAUCAACAAAAGUACACUAAAGAAAUGAUUGAUUCCCACAUAAAGGAAGCAUCGGAGGAAGUGGAUGAUUUGUCCAUGGUCCCCAAGAUGAAGGAUGAAGAAUAUGAUGACGACGACGACAAUUCUAACGUCGAUUAUUACAAUGUCGCACAUAGAAUUAAAGAAGAUAUCAAGAAGCAGCCUUCAAUAUUGGUUGGUGGUACCUUAAAGGACUAUCAAAUCAAGGGUUUACAGUGGAUGGUUUCGCUUUUCAAUAAUCAUUUAAAUGGUAUUUUAGCAGACGAAAUGGGUCUUGGUAAGACUAUCCAGACGAUAUCCUUACUUACAUAUUUAUAUGAAAUGAAGAAUAUUCGUGGGCCAUAUUUAGUCAUUGUUCCUUUAUCUACACUGUCAAAUUGGAGCAGUGAAUUCGCGAAAUGGGCUCCUACCUUAAGAACUAUAUCAUUUAAAGGUUCGCCAAAUGAGAGGAAAGCCAAACAGGCUAAAAUAAGGGCAGGUGAAUUUGAUGUAGUUCUGACUACCUUUGAGUAUAUUAUUAAAGAAAGAGCACUUUUAUCCAAGGUCAAGUGGGUCCAUAUGAUUAUUGAUGAAGGCCAUAGAAUGAAAAAUGCGCAAUCCAAGCUUUCUUUAACCUUGAACACACAUUACCAUGCAGAUUAUAGAUUAAUUUUGACAGGUACACCACUUCAAAACAACUUGCCAGAAUUAUGGGCCUUAUUGAAUUUUGUGUUACCCAAGAUUUUCAAUUCCGUGAAAUCUUUUGAUGAAUGGUUCAAUACACCCUUUGCCAACACCGGUGGGCAAGAUAAAAUUGAGUUGAGUGAAGAAGAGACGCUUUUGGUUAUCAGGAGAUUGCAUAAAGUCUUGAGACCCUUUUUAUUGCGUCGUUUGAAAAAGGAUGUAGAAAAAGAAUUACCGGAUAAAGUUGAGAAGGUAGUGAAGUGCAAAAUGAGCGCUUUACAACAAAUUAUGUACCAACAAAUGUUGAAAUAUCGUCGUCUUUUUAUCGGUGAUCAAAAUAAUAAGAAAAUGGUAGGUUUAAGAGGUUUCAAUAAUCAAAUCAUGCAACUAAAGAAAAUCUGUAAUCAUCCUUUUGUAUUUGAAGAAGUUGAGGACCAAAUCAAUCCAACAAGAGAAACGAAUGAUGAUAUUUGGCGUGUUGCUGGUAAAUUUGAACUAUUAGAUAGAAUUUUGCCUAAGCUUAAGGCAACUGGGCAUAGAGUAUUAAUUUUUUUUCAAAUGACCCAAAUUAUGGAUAUUAUGGAAGAUUUUUUAAGGUACAUUAAUAUCAAGUACCUGAGGUUAGAUGGUCAUACAAAAUCUGAUGAACGUAGUGAGUUGUUACGUCUAUUUAACGCCCCUGAUUCUGAAUACUUGUGCUUUAUCUUAUCAACUAGAGCGGGUGGUUUGGGUUUAAAUUUACAAACUGCAGACACUGUCAUUAUUUUUGAUACUGACUGGAAUCCUCAUCAAGAUUUGCAAGCUCAGGAUAGAGCGCAUAGAAUAGGUCAGAAGAAUGAAGUUAGAAUUCUAAGAUUGAUUACUACGAAUUCAGUUGAAGAAGUUAUCCUAGAGAGAGCCUACAAGAAGCUAGAUAUCGAUGGUAAAGUCAUUCAAGCAGGUAAAUUCGAUAACAAAUCUACAUCGGAGGAACAAGAAGCGUUGCUUAGAUCUUUGCUGGAUGCAGAAGAGGAACGUAGAAAGAAAAGAGAGUCUGGUGUUGAAGAAGAAGAGGAGUUAAAAGACUCAGAAAUCAACGAAAUUCUUGCUCGAAAUGACGAAGAAAUGGCUGUUCUUACAAGGAUGGAUGAAGAUAGAUCAAAGAAGGAGGAAGAAUUGGGAGUAAAGAGCCGUCUCUUAGAAAAGAGUGAAUUACCUGAUAUUUACAGUAGAGAUAUUGGUGCCGAGCUCAAACGUGAAGAAUCAGAAUCUGCUGCUGUUUACAAUGGAAGGGGUGCAAGAGAACGUAAGACGGCAACUUACAACGAUAAUAUGUCUGAAGAACAGUGGUUAAGACAAUUUGAAGUUAGCGAUGAUGAAAAAAAUGACAAGCAGGCAAGAAAACAACGAACAAAGAAGGAAGAUAAGAGCGAGGCGAUUGAUGGGAAUGGAGAAAUUAAAGGCGAAAACAUUGACGCUGAUAAUGACGGUCCUAGAAUUAAUAAUAUAUCGGCCGAAGAUCGGGCAGAUACGGAUUUGGCAAUGAAUGACGAUGAUUUCUUGUCUAAAAAGAGAAAGGCAGGAAGGCCCCGUGGAAGACCUAAGAAAGUGAAACUUGAAGGAUCUGAAAAUUCUGAACCACCAGCGCUUGAAUCAAGUCCAGUUACUGGCGAUAACUCUCCCAGUGAGGAUUUUAUGGACAUUCCAAAACCACGUACAGCGGGAAAAACAUCUGUUAAAUCAGCAAGAACUUCAACAAGGGGCCGUGGUCGCGGUCGUGGUCGUGGUCGAGGGCGAGGACGUGGACGAGGAAGGCCGCCAAAAGCAAGAAAUGGGCUUGAUUAUGUCCGCACGCCCGCUGCGGCAACGAGUCCUAUUGAUAUUAGAGAGAAAGUUGCUAAACAAGCUCUAGACUUAUACCACUUUGCUCUCAAUUAUGAAAAUGAAGCUGGAAGGAAACUUUCUGACAUUUUCCUCUCCAAACCUUCCAAAGCACUAUAUCCCGACUACUAUAUGAUUAUUAAGUACCCUGUCGCCUUUGAUAAUAUUAACACGCAUAUUGAAACGCUAGCUUACAACUCCCUUAAAGAGACCCUUCAAGACUUUCAUCUGAUAUUUUCCAAUGCUAGGAUAUACAAUACUGAGGGUUCAGUAGUAUACGAAGACUCUUUAGAACUGGAAAAAGUGGUUACGAAGAAAUACUGUGAGAUAAUGGGCGAUAACUCACAACUCGACUUUACUGAAUUUGAUGAACAGUAUGGCACCAGACCCCUCGUCUUGCCUCCUGUUGUUACUUCAAGCGUGGCUGAAUCUUUCACAGAUGAAGCGGACUCGAGCAUGACAGAAGCGAGUGUAUAG